GAGUUGCCAGCGACCAAUGUUGCCAUGCCCCCAUGGCGUGUAUCGAUAGACCGAUGUUUCGGCCCGGAAGAGCACUUGCUGUCGCCACCGCUCCGCUGCCCUGUCCAUGACAAUUCCCCGCUCUCGCCACCUUCGGAAGCAUCCGAUGAAAUAUGUGACGAACGCCAACAGCUGCAGAGAGCAGUGGAGCAGCCUGAACUGCACGCAGCAGUCUGGCUGGGAGACGUCGAAACCGUUCAGGCCAUAUUGGAGCGUCGCGCUGAUGUGAAUGCUGAAGAUGUCCACGGCGUCAGUCCGCUGAUGCUGGCAGUUGAGCUGAUGCCGCGUUCACAGGAGUAUUCCCAAAUGGUGAGCUGCUUGCUGAGCCAAGGUGCACAGCCACGGCGGCGCUCGAGUGCUGGUUGGUCACCUUUAGAUGAGGCCGUAAGUCGAAGGGACGUUCAGCUGGUGCGGACCUUGUUUGAUGCGGCUCAGAAGGACCUUCGAAAGAGAUGGGAUGUGCGCUUGUCCUCGAUCGCCAAGUCUUUGCAGUUGCUUCCGGACUUUGAGUGUCGCAUUCGCUGGGAAUUUGAGUCGCCUGUGAUUCCGUGGCUGAGCAAAAUCGCUCCUUCAGAUGUGAUCCUUGUGCGCAAGCGGGGCAGUUGCCUCCGUUUGGAUUCGACGUUGGCUUCAUGGAAGAGAUUCAGGUUUAGCAAAAGGCGGAACCUGACCACUUUGUUUCUGGGAGAGAGAUUUCGUGAGGAUGGACCUGGUGCACCUGGUGGACCUGGUGGAGGUGAUCAGAUGUCCCGGGGGCUCUUCAUGGUGAAUCACGACAAAGAAGUCAUUGUGGACAUGACGCAAAGCUUAGAUGGUGAAGAAGCAGCCGCAGUGGUCGAAGAUUUGGUGAAGGCUGAUGCCAUGCAGUGGGACAUGAACAUUUGCAGUCUGGAAGUCUCAGAGUCCACAAGUUGGUUGGGAUCUGUUCUGGGCCCAUGCGAUGUGAAUGGUUGGACCUGCAUGCGUUAUGAGGUCAAGGGGGAGCUAGGAAUGACUUUGCGCAAGAAAGGCUGGCGAAUUCAGGAUGUCACUUUUCAAGAUUAUUUUGGGCGACCACUGCCGGCUGAUGCCUGCCUUCCUGAACUGCGACGAGAAUUUGAGGCUGCAAAGCAACAGCCUGAGUCGCUGAAGGUGUCACAUGCGUCUACAACAGACCAUGGCUUUGGCUUUGGAGAUGACCUUGACUCUGAUGCUGGAUCGGUUCACUCGGAAGUAUUGGACCACUGGCCAGAGGAGAAUGGCCCUUUGCCCGUGGUGGAGAAGCCGAUGGCUGUGGCAGUCACAACGGUCACGCCGCAGCCGAGUCGCCCACUAGAGCCCAGGGAUAGGCAGCUGGGAGGGAUGAGAACACCUUUGGACCCCGAAGGUAUCAUUGGUGACUUUGGUCAUUUCCCCAAUCAUAAACUCAGGAUUUUGAGUCUUUACCAAUCGUAA